AGCCGUUUGAGAUGGUUCCCGUACUUCGGCAGUGAAAGAGGCUGCCGAGGUUUGUCCAUGAAUACAUUCUUCGGUUUGCGAAGUGCAACGGAAUGGACAAAAGAUGACAGGCCCAAGAGCGACCUCUGGAAUGUGGUGUGCGAGAGCUGCACAAAAUAUGCCAAGAAUGUGGCAUACGCGGAUAGCACGGGCCCCGUCACAUAUGGCGAAGUUCUCCAGAAGGUGAGGUGUCUGAGCGCGUCUUUGUUGCGAGUGCUGCAGGCCCACGAGAAAGGCGCCCUCAGCUUCAAGCUGCUGCUGCCGAACUGCUCCACGCAUGUGGAUCUAUUCUUUGCAGCAGCAGCCGUUCGAGCAAAAGUUGUCUGUGUGAAUCACCGCCUGAAGAUUGAAGAGUUACAAGUUCUCUUUGAACGAGGGCACAGCCCCCUUCUCAUCGCCAGCGACACCUUUGCGAGUCUUUUGUCCAAGGUGGAGUGGGCCACUGUCAAGGUCCGCGCGAUUGCUUGGGUGAACCUCAUCCCUGAGGACUUUCGCGACCCCCACAUAGAGCAAAUGUCCCUGAGGGACCUCUAUGGGGGGGACGGAAGCUUCAAGGCUCCUCCAUUCCAGGAGGACAUGUGGGUGCAGGGCUUCUUUACGUCCGGCACCACUGGUGUUCCGAAGAGCGUCUCUCACACGCACAAGAACGUGUACCAUCACAGCCUCAGUACGAUCAAGGCUCUGAACCUCCAGCACGACAAUGAUGACUGCUGGGGUCACUUCGGGCCACUUUUUCACUGUGGAACGCCGGCCUUCAUUUGGAUUUCUGUGAUGCUGGGAGCUCGUCAGGUGUUUCACGAGAAUCAGUUUCAGUUCAUGGAUGUGGCGCAAAUGAUGAACGACGAUAAGGUGACCAUCGUAAAGCUGAUGCCGACCAUUCUGAAGUACUUGCUCAGCGCCGAGAAGACCCGCAGCAUGAAGUUCGAAAAACUCAAGUGGGUUCUGACCGGAGGAAUGAAGCCCACUCUGGAUGUCAUCGAACAGACAAAAGAGGUCUUUGGAUGCGAGUUCAUCCAAGGCUACGGCAUGACCGAGGCGACGGUCCACUGCAGCUUCAAGAACGAGUCGAAGGAACCAGCCGAGCAUGGCAUGACAGUUCUUCCAGGUUUGGAUUUGCGCAUCCUGGAUGAGAGAGAUGAGGAAGCAGCUGCAGACACGGCUGGCGAGAUUUGUAUCCGUGGCCCAACGGUCUUUGCGGGCUACGACAACAAUCCAGAUGCCAACAAGCAGGCCUUUACUGCCAGUGGCUUCUUCCGGAGCGGGGACUUGGGGUAUCUCAACGAGAAGGGCCAGCUCUUCAUCAGCGGCAGGUCGAAGGACAUGAUCAUCGUGGGCGGCGAGAACGUCUUCUCCGUGGAGGUGGAGCAGGUCAUCAACAGGGUUCCUGGCAUUCUCCGGUGCGCAGUGUUUGGCGGGCCAGAUGAAGCGCUGGGCGAGGUGGUGCACUGCGCAGUGGUCCUGGCUGGCUCCCAGAUCAGCGCGGAGGAGAUGGAGCAGAAGAUCUGCAGGAAGUGCGCUGAGAGCCUGGCGCCCUACAAAGUUCCAGUCGGCGUGCACAUCUGGCCAGAGGACGAUUUCCCCAUGACCGGCUCUGGGAAGCCGGUGAAGUAUGAGAUCCGGGAGAGGUGUUUGAACCAAGUCCAGGAGGCCAAGCACUUCGUUUCCAAGGAAGCAGCAGUCAUCGGGGCGGUGGCAUCGGUGCUGGGCAGGGACAUCAAGGAGGAGGACUACCACACGGCCUUCAUGGACUUGAACAUGGCCUCGAUGGAGUUCACCCGGGUCAUGAACUUGCUCUCCGGCACGCUGGCCGGGGGGGAGCUCUCCCCCACCUUGCUCUUCGAGAAUGACACCCUGGCGGAAUUGCUUCGCUACAUCGAGUCCCGCACGGACCUGGUGCUGGUGAACGAAGUGGAGGAGCAGAAACUCGAGCUCGCAGCCAUUGCCGGGGUCAAUGAUCGCAAGAGCCACAGGUGGCGGCAGUGGAGUCCUCUGGGCUUCUUCCUGCAGCUGCUGCUGCUGCUGGUGCGGCCCGUGGUGCUGACGGUCCCAGUGUUGUUCGCGGCAUGGGCAGGCUGGCUCUGGUGGGCCAACCACUACGGGUGCGGCAACUGCUAUUGGACUCUGAUUUUUCUUCCUCUUAUCUGGCCCCUCAGCAUCAUUCUGCUGAUGGUGUUCGUGGUCGUGAUGAAGUGGCUCGUCAUCGGUCGAAGUGUACCUGGCACCAUCAAGCUGUUUUCGCCGCAGUACUACCAGUGGCUGUGCAUCUACAACUUGUUCCAGGCCAUUGACCCCUUCCUAGCGCUGUUCAGAGGCACUUCGGUGUUGAUCUUCUUCUAUAACCGUUGCGGGGCGCACAUCUCCUACUCCGCGGAGAUCCAUAGCUCCAACUUGACAGACCUGGAUCUCCUCCGCAUACGCACAGGUAGCACAGUGGAUAGGGCCUGCAACAUCCAGCCGAGCCACAUCACCACUGAGAAUGAUGGGUGGGUGAUUUUGGGCAAAGUCACCAUCGACAAGGACUGCUUCGUGGGCUACGGCGCCACGGUGGGGCCCCACGUGAGCUUGCCCAUGGGGUCCCACCUGCGGCCCCUGCAAGCCGUGUCGGUGGCGCAGCCGGUGCGGAGCUCUGUGAGUCAUGCGAAGUCCAAGAAGUCGUCGUCCCAUCUGUGGCUGGCCGCGCUGCAAGGCUGUUUAUUGUAUUACGUCCUUGGGGGCUUCGUGUGUCUGUCUGUCACCGCCGGGGUGGCCGUGAUGCACGUGCUGCCCACAGAGCAAGCCAUUGUUGGCCUCAUGUUGCCGCGAGCCUGGACGGAAGGGCUCACCGGCUCGACGCUGGAGACCUCCGACAUGGAUCUGCUCUUCUGGGUAGUCCUGCCGCUGGUGGUCUUCUUCGUAGUGCCGCAGGCCUACUUCAUCUGCGUAGUUCUGGCCAAGUACCUGAUCGUGGGCUUUGCAAGUGCGCACACUCCUAAAACCAGCCGGGCGUGGAAGCUGUGGUUCUAUUGCGCCCUCAUUGACUGCCCGCUGUUCAGACUGGCUACUCAGCUCACGAUCAUGAGCCACCUGACGAAGCUCCAGUUCCAAGUGCUGGGCUGCAAAAUCGGCAAGCGUGCCUACUUUUGCGCUCCCUUUGUGCCGGAUCCCGAGCUCGUGGAGAUUGGAGACAAUGUGAUCCUGGCAGGAAAUGUUGCACUUUUAACUACAGCAAUGGACGAGCAGCAGUGCAACAAGAUCGUGCUGAAGAGCCGAGCGAUCGUGGCAAACACGGUGGUUCUGAAGCCCGGCUGCUGUGUGGAGGAGGCAUCCAUCGUGGGUGACGGCGUCAGCAUCCCCGCUGACCAGGUGCUGCCCACGGGCAUGGUGGCCAUGCGCGACAACUCUGAUGCGCUGGCCUACAUCCUGAUGAAGCGGUCGUCUGUGCCAAAUCAAGUGGAGAUUGGAUGCUGGGUCUAUGCCGUCAACCAGGUGAUCCUCUUGCUGCUUCAGCUUAUCCUGAACGUGGGAGCUCACAUCCCAGGCUACCUCUGCGCGGGGCUGAUCGUCACGGAGGCCCGGUCCUUCAUGAGCCGGGAGGUGGGCACUUGGCCCUUCAUCCCGGUGCUGAUGCUGGUGACCAUGACGUCCAAGAUUCUGCUGAUUCCCGUCUUCAAGUGGGCCAUCGCCUGUCGGUUUCGGCCCAGCGAGAUCAGGCUGUUCGGCCUGCGCUAUGCCAUUUGGAUCGCCUUCGAGGCAGUACUCUUUGAUGCAGACCAACUCUUCCUGCAGACCUUGUGUGGCACGGUGUUCCUGUCGGGAUGGUACAGGCUUAUGGGUGCGAAGAUCGGCUGGAACGUGUGCCUCAUGGGGUCGUCCGUGGGCUGCGAGUAUGAUCUGAAGCACAUCGAGAGCGGCACGGUGGUGAACCACGCCUCGUUGCUGUUCUCCCACUCCGUGGAGAAAGGCACGCUGAUCUUCCGGCGCAGCUACCUGGAGGCCUCCUCGGAGCUGGGCUUCAACUGCGUGGCCGAAGCCGGGGCGCGGAUCCGCGCGGGCACGCUGCUGCUGCCCUGCCAGGUGGCGCACAACACGGAGGAAGACGUCUCCAACAAGCCCAAGAAGUUCGCCAUGCAGCGGAGUUACUCCAACACCUUCAGGGGCGGGUCUCCGGGCCAGGCCGAGGUGUCGGACACGCUGCAGAAGGGGUACUUGGCUGUCCGGAACCGGCGGCAAGGGGAGCGAGCGAAGGGCAUCCUGGGCGCCUUUUCGACCAUCGAAGAGGAGCCCCCGCCGCUGAAGCGCUCGCGGGCCAGCUACCGCACACAGGAGGCGAUUGCGAAGCAAACUGGGCGAGUGCAUGAAGUUUGCAUGAACCUCGAUGACUUCGAGCAGCAGGCUCGCCAAGCGAUCCAAACGGCGUGCUACGGCUACUACCAGGGCGGUGCUACAGACGAGUGGACUCUGAAGGAAAAUCGCUACGCCUUCGAGAGGUACAGGAUAAUACCCAGAGUGCUGGUGCCCGUGUCUACCGUGGACCUGCGGUGCUCUUUCUUCGGCAUCAACUGCCGGUUUCCGGUGAUGAUCGCCCCCUCGGCCAUGCACGGGCAGGCCCACGAGGAGGCGGAGAAGGCCACGGCGCGCGCGGCGGUGCGGGCGGGGAGCGCCUUCACGCUGAGCUCCUUGAGCACGAUGUCCAUGGAGGAUGUGGCGGGAGCCGUGCCCAUGGAUGACCAGCACAUGCCGAAAGGCCUGAUGUUCCAGCUCUACGUGUUCAAGCGCAGAGAUAUCACAGAGCUCAUCGUGAAGAAGGCUGAGAGGCUGGGGUACAAAGCCCUCUGCCUCACGGUGGAUGCACCCUGCACUGGCCGGCGCGAGCGGGACAUCCGGAGCGGCUUUGCGGUGUCGGACGCCAUGGGGCAGCUACCGAACAUCCAGAUGCUGGGGCAUGUCGUGAACCAGCAGCUCGUAGAGUUUGAGGCCCAAAAGGACCUUACCCUGGACUGGGGCAUCAUCAGAUGGUUGAAAUCCAUCUGCAAUUUGCCCGUGAUCGCCAAGGGCGUGCUGCACCCGCUGGACGCGCGCUGCGCCAUUGAAGCGGGAGCUGAUGCCAUCGUCGUUUCGAACCACGGAGGCCGGCAGCUGGAUAGCACCCCCGCCACCAUCGACGUCUUGCCCUGGAUCGCGGAAGAGGUCAAGGGCCAGAUCCCCAUCUUCAUCGACGGGGGCAUCCGGCGUGGCACCGACGUCUUCAAAGCCUUAGGGCUGGGAGCCAGCGCCGUCAUGUUUGCGCGCCCAGCUGUGUACGCCCUGGCGGUUGGCGGUGAGCAGGGAGUUUCACGAAUGCUGCGGCUGCUUUACGAUGAGCUUGAAACAACUAUGAGGCUCGCGGGCUGCACCAGCCUCUCAGAGAUCCCCUCGCGGAUCCUGCGGCCGACCGCCGAGCGCUUUGGCGCCAGCGCAAGCGCUGUAUAAGGUCCGAAAACCGAGGCGUUUUGCCCAGUUUCUUUUCUUGGGUUCUUUGGAUCCGAUUCGGCCGGCAAGACAAAGGGUUUGUCUUGCGGGCUUGUUUCACCUGGCUUCGCCGUUUUGCUCCCCAUUUUCCGGAGGGCAUGUGCCCGCCCAUCGACAAAUCACAGAUGGGUAGAGACAAGUUUUCGACACUAGGCGUGGUAUCUCCAUGCGGCAGAGCCCCCUGGUUUUGUGAGUGCUUCAAUU